CUCGGCUCUUGCGAUGUGUACAUGUGACCUGACCAAUUAAUAUGAUAACGAUACAGAAAGUACGUACACAGUGCAUUAUGUGCAACUUUAACCUGGACUUGGAUCUCACUGUACGCGCUAUUAUAAGGUUCAACUUGGGCAGAAAAUUAUCACGGGACGAUUGAAACAUCAGCCUCUACUAGUAUAUCGGCCUACACACCUUCUUUGCUUCAUUUCCUCGUGCCAUUAAAACAGUUUUUUCGAUAUUUUACCCUGUUCGGGUGAAGUUGUAGUUGUUAUGACUGUAGAGAUUGUUUCAUCGUAAAUGUAGCUGUUCGCCGUGUUGGAUGAGGAAGUGGAAAGCUCUGGCAUACCGCACAGUGGAAGUUCAAGCCAAUGGAUUUUUGGACAACGUGAAUUCAUGAUCUCUCGUUCAGCUUGAACGAUGAACUGCAUAUCCAUUUGUGUUAAACAGUCGUAGAGUUUCAGUAUCUAUUGAACAGGAAAUCAUGUCAUUCUGCUGUAGAAGAGACAACAACUACGAUGGCCUAGAUGAGCCAAGCGCAGAGAAGUCGCCUCUCGUAAGAAACGAGGGCGGUGCCCUUGUCGAUGGCGUCAUAGCAUCACGGAGGUCAGCCACAGAUGACCUCAACCUCUGGACCAAUCCUGAUGACGUGAAUCACGUGAUCUCAGAGGACGACAGGCAACUUGCCGAGCUGCUCGACAGGAGGCGCAGAGCGGUUUCCAGAGAGGAGGAGAUGUUAUUGCAUCAAAAGGUAGAAGAAAUUCGGAAGGUUCGAAAGAAAGUUCAGGACAGGUGGAAAGAGUGCUGUUUUGCCGACGAGCAGCAUAAACUACUGGCCGUGAGCUCCGUCACAAGAACCGCCUCUCCCAACACGUCGGUGAGGGCGUACAACCUGCACGAUAAGCUGGUGAACGAGACGUCAAUCUUUGGUGAUGCACCGACACAGAGACAUCGCUAUGCAGUCAUACUGGACCGAUUGCUAGAUCUGGACAUUACCGACGAUUUUUUCGAAGCAGCACACGAACUCUACCCGAAAAAGGCCGAGAAGCCGAAGCGGUACCACAAGAGGGCGUCCCGCAAGAAACCACAAGGGGAAGUUCCGGAUGAGAACGGAAACGGUGAAGUUAACGGAGAGAUUCCAGAAUCUCCGGGGAUGGAGAUAAUGCCGAACGGCCACAAGCCAACUAACGGGGAUCGGCGCGCCGAUACACCCGUGACUACCGAGGUGGUGGUCGCUGAAGUUCACGAGGAACCGAAGUAAACCCCUCCAUCGGAGACAAACUUCAAUCUGUGAAAACUCGAAAUCACCAUGGCCCUAUACCAACAAAACACAUUCGAGAGAUUGAGCAGUUUGCGAUGGUGAAAAUGGUGACGCGGAGGUAAAGUCUAGCUACCAGGCAUUGACUUCAGCAUAUUGAGUGUCUAGUCUUGAAGUAAUCUUGGAAGAAGUGUCCUUUGUUUCUUUAAUGCAGCCGGUCCGAUUACUAUACGAGUAGAGGUCGCUCUCAACAAGAUACAUCAAAUCAAGUUUGGGGACUUUGGCACCGUUAUCCAGGAAAAUCUGAGCAUACCUCACGCGCCCUGUAUCCAAUACUUCCAAUAAAACUUAAAUUUAUAGAGCAGUUUUUGAGACUUCUUCAGCAACUGCUGUUUCAUUAAAGAAGCAUAUUAUCUUUAUUGGCAAUCCGAGUCAUCAAAAACUUAUCUGCAAGGUCUUGAUUCGUUUAUCAUGACUUUUCUAUAAACAUCUAGUAAAAUAAAUCUAGCAGGGCCAAACAUUUUGCAGAAAUGCUGAACUUUUUGGACGUCUCAUUUUGUACCGUUUGACGUAUUAGAUAUCAUUAAUUUAAAAGAAGCAUUAUUUCGCAAUAUUGGACAACAUCUGAAAUGUUUUUUUUUUGUAAUUGAUUGAUUUUUAUAAAAGAUUUCUUGAUUACAAAUAAUGUAUAUAUUCUUUUGAAGCAUUGGACGGAAACAACAGUCAUAUGUUUUGAGCAUUAGUAUUUGACUUGGAUAUUAAUUUAAGAAAUAAGAAUCUUUUUAAAGUGUUUACUGUUAUUCACACCCAGAAUUUAAUUUUCAAAUUCAAUAAAUACAUUCCAGUUGGAAAAGU